UUUUACUCAAUAUCUAUGCAAAUUCCAAAAAAAAAAAAAAUACAUAACGAUUAUGUAGACAAGUUUGUCCGAACCAUACAGAAUACAUUAUUAGAGGAUGUAACCAAUAAUACGACUAUAACUUUCUCCGCUAUUUAAAACAUAUAAGCGACUAUCGACCGUGAACUUACUUUACAAUAAUAAUUGUCCUUCCAACAUCAGUCAUCAAUAAUUAUUAUGUACUUUCGUUUUCACAAUUGUUCUGCCCUCAGAUCUCCUGUAUGCUGACGUGCGCUUGUGCAAUAUUAUCAGCUCACGGAUCAGCUAUUGGAACACCAUUCUAUCCACUCAAUCCAGAAGAUUUGUCCCAAGGAGAUGUCAAGGAAAUCGAGUAUUGGAAUAAACAUUAUUACAGACCGAAACGUACCGUAGGCCCCGUUCUAGGAUCAGCAGGAGCCUUAAUACAACUAAAAACCGCAAUAGUAGGGGGUGCAAAAAUGAAAAUCAUCGAAAUAGCCAAAGGCUCUGCGGGUUCCAUUGCUGGAGCCUCAGCAGGAGCCUCCGCAGGCACUCAAACCGCCUUAGGAUCAGCUGCCAAAGGCCUACUUGGAUCUGUAGGUGGAAUUUUCCAGAUCAAAAAUGCCUUAGAGGCGGAAAUCCAGAAAAAAAUCGGCCAAGCUUUUCGGAACGCUGCUGGAGCUUCUACAGGGGCAAUUGUAGCAGCUUCAACUGGAGCUGGCAAUGCUGCUUUUGGAACUGUAUCAGGCUCUGCCAAAGCAAUUCAUCAAUUGAAAUCAGCUGCUGUUAGAAGCAUUACUGGAGCAUCUGCAGCUUCACAUAAUGCUCUGAACCAAAUAAAAUCAGCUACAAUAAAUAAAGUAUUAGGUGCUUCUUCAGGCAUAGCCCAAGCUUCAGGAAACGCAUUAAAUUCAGCCAAAAGCUCCUUUAUAUCAGGCAUAGCUGGAGUAGCAAAAGGCUCAGCAGGCCUAGCAACAGCUGGAUCAGCAGGAGUAAAAAGUACUUUACAAGGCUCAUCAAACGCUAUCCACCAACUAAAAUCAGCUAUAAUCAAUCACAUUUUUGGCAGCAGUGCUAAAGUAGCUACAGGUGCUUCUUCAGGCAUCCAAACGAAAGUUAAACAAGUUUCUGGUGACAUUGUAGCUGGAGGAGUGGAUGUAGCCAAUCAUUUAAAAACAGCAGUAGUUGCAGGCACCAAACAAAAACUUGCCCAAGCAGCUAGCGGCCUUGCAGGUGCAGUUACUGGUGCUGUGGGGUCAGCUUCAGCCGGCCUUGGACAAUUUGCUCGAGGAGGAAUCACUGGAUCUAUAAAUGUUGUAAAUCAAGUCAAGGAGGAAACUCACAAGAAAAUUGGCCAAGUUUUUAGUGCUAGUAGCAAUAAAGUUGCAUCAAUUAAAAAUGCCCUGUUAACGCAGAUUAGUAAUAGUGUUGGUCAAAUAGCUCUUGGAUCAGCUGGAGCUGUUUCAAGUGCAAGUGGACAACUGCAAAAUGCUAAAAAUGCACUAGGUAAUCAUUUGACUAGCAAAUUGAGUAAUCUUGCUCGAGGAGCUAUAACAGCAGCCACAUCAGCUUCAAGCCAGAUUUUGCAAAGUUCUAGUGGAAAAGCUCAAUCGGCUAUUUCAAGUUCAGCUAGUUUUGUUCAACAACUGAAAUCAGCUGCACUAGGUAAAAUAGGGCAAAUAGUACAAGGCUCUUUGUCAGCUAGUGGGCAAGCUUCAAGUGGGAUUCAAGCUGGAUCAGCUAGAGCUGUUGAACAACUGAAAUCAGCUGUGCUGAGCAAAAUUGGGCAAAUAGUACAAGGCUCUUUGUCAGCUAGUGGACAAGCUUCAAAUGGCAUUCAAGCUGGAUCAGCUAAAGCAGUUCAACAACUGAAAUCAGCUGCAUUGGGCAAAAUAGGGCAAAUAGUUCAAAAUUCUUUGUCAGCUAGUGGACAAGCUUCAAGUGGUAUUCAAGCUGGAUCAGCUAAAGCUGUUGAACAACUGAAAUCAGCUGCACUGAGCAAAAUAGGGCAAAUAGUACAAGGUUCUUUGUCAGCUAGUGGACAAGCUUCAAAUGGCAUUAAAGCUGGAUCAGCUAGAGCUGUUGAACAACUGAAAUCAGCUGCAUUGGGCAAAAUAGGACAAAUAGUUCAAAGUUCUUUGUCAGCUAGUGGACAAGCUUCAAGUGGUAUUCAAGCUGAAUCAGCUAAAGUUGUUGAACAACUGAAAUCAGCUGCACUAAGCAAAAUAGGGCAAAUAGCUCAAGGUUUUUUGGCAGCUAGUGGGCAAGCUUCGAGUGGCACUCAGUCAGCUAUUUCUGGGUCAGCUGAAGCAGUUCACCAACUGAAAUCAGCUGCACUGUCACAUGUAGCUAAUAAAAUAAAACAAGCAGCUCAGGGUUCUUUGUCAGCCAGUGGACAAGCUUCGAAUGCUAUUUCUGGAUCAGCUAAGGCAGUUUAUCAGCUGAAGAAAGCCGCUAUAGCAAACGUGGCAAGUGCCAGCACCGGGCUGAAGAAUGGAAUUCAUCAGCAAGUUUCCAAUUUGGCAGAAGCUUCAGCUGAGAGAAGGAAAAGAAGCAUUCCGGAAUCGAUUCCAGAUGAUUCUUAUGUAGCAGUUGAGUUACCAAAAAGAUCAGAAUCAGCUUGGUCUUCAGGCUCCGGUUCAGGAUCUGCCGAUUUAAUCGGCCAAAUAAAAUCGGCAGUUGUGGCCGGUUUGAAGCAAAAACUGGGUCAAGUUGCUAAAGGAUCUGCCGGUGCUAUAGCAGGAGCAUCUGCCGGGUUCAGCAAAGGAAGUUCCGGAGGUGGAGAUCAUCAUUAUCACUACGAAUCAUCUCCUCAUCACCAUCCUCCUCCUGAUGAACAUAAGACUUACAACGUUUGGGAGUUGAAAAAAUCAGUCCUAAACACGUUGCUGCAAGCAGUGAAAGCCAUCAAAGGUGGGGUAUUAGCUAUAAAAGGGCAACUAAUUAAGGGCAGUGGCUACUUGGUGUCAGCCGGCGGCAAAUUGAUUGCCGCCUCCGGUGAUAAAGUGACGAAAUUGGGGAAAAAUGUAAUAUCCAAUGCGGUUUUGGUGCAUCCUAACAAAGAACAUUAUAGUACACAUUCGGAUUAUGUGUCACAUCCUAGUGGAUAUACGGCUCCAAGUGGACCACCAGCUUAUGAUGCUCCACCAUCAUCUUCGGGUCAUGGUUAUGAGAGUCAUUAUGAGAGUCAUCCAUCACAUUAUGACAAACCCUCCGGACCGAAUCACGCAGGAAUACUCAUCCUAAGAAGAAUGCCACAAACUCACGACAAGUACCACUCCGCACAUUCAAACGUUGACGAAUCCGUAGUACCACCGUUCAAACCUUUAGCACCUGCUGGACCAACUUUCGGUACUGUUGUAGGAAAGUUCUUUUCUGCAUCAACUUCUUUGAGCCCUUCUGCCCCUGCUCCUUUCAGCAACGCUGAUAUUCACCCUUAUGAGCAUCAUAACAAUGCUGUAGAAGAGAGUCACGCUUAUUUGAAUCCACCUAGUCCACCUCAUUACGAGGAACCACCUAAUAAUGCUGCCCCAGCUAAUUUUCAAGCACCAUUAAACCAACAAGAUAAUAACUAUGGUUUGCCUCAAGAAGAUCCUUUGAGUUACCAAAAUUUGAAUUUCAACGAUCAUUCUGGUUCAGCUUCUUCGGUUGCCGAGCAAAAAGUUAAGCUGACUAAAGGUGAAUUGAACGAUCGUUUGCCUAUAGCUAGUUCAGAAGUUCAUGUAGCUGAUGAUGCUCCUGCUAGUUUGCAAGCAUUAAAAACUUCUGCAACAUUAGGACCACCUUUCAGUACUAAUUUUAUGUCCAUCAAAUCAAAACCCAAUCAAAUUAAUUAUUUGAGAAAUGCUUUAUUUGCUGAACAAGAAAAGCAAGUGGAAAGUGUUAACUUUUUACCUCGCACAGAAGAAUCUUAUUCAAAAUCGAAUGAAUUAUUGUCGAGUAAGGAAAACUACAUGAAAUUUUUAGAAAAUUUUCCUGUUCGUACCAGGAGUAGAAGGCCAUCAUCAGACUUGGUGAAGUCAAUUUCCUAUAAAUUGACCCCUGAAGGAGUUACAAGACUGACUUGAGUGAGUAGGACUUUUAAGACCAUAGACUGUGUACUAACUCAUGCAUAUAGACGUAUACUCACUUUAACUAACAAAUAUUUCUGUUUUUAUUUUAAUUUGUUUUGGAUUUAUAUUAAUUAAUAAUUUGUUUAUUUUAGAUGCCCUUCCAACCCAAUAUCUUCACGAAGAGAACAUGUUAUAUUAAACUAUUUUGUAAAUAGUUAAGUCGAAGCAAUUAGUCACUAGUUUUAAGUUUUUAUGCAUUUGUUUGUCGAGAUAUUUUCGAUUUUUGACUGUAGAUUUGUAGUAAAGGGUCAGUGAUUGUAUUUUUUAAGAUUUUUAAAUUUAUUUAUUUUCCUAAUUUUAUCUGUGAGCCAAAUUUUAUAUACAUAUUUUGUUAUAAUAAAAAAGUUACUUAAAAGUUGACUUUCCAUUAA